AUGCGGCUCUUGAUUGAGUUACGUGCUUACUUCAUAUCUAGCGGGUAUAAUUCAACCCAUAAUUUGUUCAACCCAACACUGGAUUUGAUUAACCAGUUCAAAGCAAGUCUCCCUAAUGAUUCUCUUGCUCUUACAAACAACGAGAGAACCCAAUGGUCUGUUGGUACUGCUACAUCUGUUCGUGCCAGGUUUUUUGUUCUUAAUGAGAGGCUAACCAUAAGAGAGAUCAUUGAUAGUACUCUGAAUUACAAAUAUAAUCAACAACUAUAG